UCAGUUUCAAGUGAGUUAGACUUGUCACAACUGCAUUCACAUUUAUUGAAAAUAUUAUUUAUAACAGAAAGUUCAUUGAGUAAUUUAGUGUUGUAGAUCAACCUGUCAUAGACCAUUAGGACAUUAAAUUACAACACCGCUCCAAUUCUAAAAUAGAUUAAUUGGAUGAACUUGGUUCGGAAAGGGACAGAAGGUGAAAGAAGUUUACUAUAUAUGCUGUACAGAAAACUGGAAGAGACGUCAUGGAACUAACAGAUGACAGAAGAAACUCUGAAAAAGACCCUGGGCUUUCAUUCUUCCCGGUUACACUCCCCGUGCCGAACGUGCAGAAUGGAAGGCUGCUGUCUGUAAAGUUUACCGCCGAGCGGUACGGAUCAGACUGUUCCAAAAAUAGCCACGCCCAGCAGCACAACAAGCAGAGGAAAUCGGAGCGGAGUCAGCUGCAUGAACACAUUCACGUAGACCUCAGACGGCGAGUGGCAGCUCCAGGAAGCUGCGUGGUUCUCACAGCUUCACGGGGAGAGCGAAGCUUUCUCUGCGACUCGGAUUACUCCUGCAGGAAAAUAAGCUGCAACCAAUCCCCACGUACUGGUGAAUGAUCCCCGAGAUCAGCGAUGAAGAUCCAGGAGGGUCCGUGUGUGUGUGACAUGAGGAAGGCUCAGAGGAGCCCGGAGGGAGCCGGGUUCGAGGACGACUCGCCUCACAGCCUGCCCCAUCUGGACCUGGCAGACCACAGAGGCUGGGGAGAUCCAGUGCCAGCAUACUUGUCCUGGCAGAGGGAGGGGGAGGAGCAGGAGGAGGCGCGACACUCCCCACAGGCGGGGGGGCUCCUGAUCCGUCAACUGCUGGAGGAGGAGAGUGACCCCAUGGUCUCCCCCCGCUUCUAUGCCUUCGGAAGCCUGGAAGACACAGAGGUCCCCCCUUCCCCACCAAACUCUCACUCUUUCAUGAGGAGACAGAGAAGCUGGUCUCUGGGGUCCACUGAAGAUGACAGAAGGGAUAUGAUCCCCGCCCAAGCCUCCAAGAAGAUCCACAACCUGAAGCGGAAGAUCCGCAAAUUCGAGGAGAGAUUUGAGGAUGAGCACAAGUACAGGCCCUCCCACAGUGACAAAGCCGAUAACCCCGAGGUGCUAAAGUGGAUGAACGACCUCUCCAAGCUGAUAAAGGACGUGAAAGAGCACAAGCUAAGGGCCUCUGAGGAAGACCUGACGCCCCUGGUCCGCCAGCGGAGCAACACCCUGCCCAAGAGCUUUGGCUCCCAGCUGGAGAGGAGGCCCCAGGAGAAGAGCGCCAAGCCUCCAGCCGAGAGCACGCUGGAGGCCCUGCAGAGCAAACUCCAGGAGGGGAGGGAGGAGGACGGCCGCCCAGCAGAGGUCAAGGAUAUGACACGAGAGCAAAUCGGGGCAGAGAAGUUAGCCCUCCAGAAAGCACUGCUGUAUUAUGAGAGCAUCCACGGCAAGCCGGUCACUAAGAACGAGAGGUUGGUUAUGAGACCGCUCUACGACCGCUAUCGGCUGGUGAAACAGGUUCUCAGCAGACCCUCCGUCAUUCCAGUCAUCGGCUCACCCUCCAGCAAACGCAGAAGCUCUCUGCUGCAGCCUAUUAUCGAGGGCGUACCGGCACUCUUCUUCAGCGACGUCAAGGUGGAGGAGGAUGGCUCAGACGAAGGGGAUGAGGGGGAUUCGCAAAUUGAGAUCCCAGGGACGAGCAAACCUGAGUACCACAUGCUGGGCUUCCUGGACCAGCUGGAGGAGGACCUGCAUGGGUUUGUCUCUCCAGCUGAUGAGCUGUCCCCCACCAAGCACAGCACGGACAUGGGGCUGUCCAACCUGCACUCAGCCUCCAUGCCAGAGCUUGUGGAGCAACUCCUCCAGGCACGCGAGGAGAAGAAGAUAAUCCGCAAGAAACUCCGAGAUUUUGAGGACACGUUUUUCAGGCAAAACGGAAGAAACGUCCAGAAGGAGGACCGCCCUGCCAUGGCAGACGACUACAGCGAAUACAAGCACGUCAAAGCCAAACUCAAACUCCUCGAGGUUCUCAUCAGCAAAAGAGACUCUUCAAACUUAUCUAUGUAGAGUAGGGCAGGACUGCCCCAUUGUCUCACCAGCAGCUGGAAGACUCCACCAUUGUUUGUCCUGCCACAUCUGCAACAAACACCCGGAGGGACUGAUAGUGGAGGAGCUCCAUGCGACCAUGCUGUAAUACCACUGACUCAUCUUUAGACGUCUGACAUUUACUGCACAGAUCUUUAUCUCUGUCAAUUUCCAUGUUUUUUUCUCCAUCCCUGGCUGAAAAGGAACAGUUUAAUUCAAGAAAAUAUGUAUUGGUAUGGUCAGUGAUUCUAAUUGCACUAGGAGUGUCUUUUUUUAAAAUGGAGAACUUUCAUUUGAGAGUGGAACCUGAAAGAAUAAGCUAUGAAGAAGAAAUUAAUCACACAGGGUGAUUUUUGUGUGAUUGGUCAAAACAAUCAAGUUCUCUUUGGAUAUGAAACAAGACAAUUGUGCAACAAUGUAAAUACAUCUGUUUCAAUCCAUCAAAUCUGCCGCUAAAUAUGCACUAAUGAUUUUGUAUGAUCCAAAGACAGUAGCAUUGAACUGGUGUGAACAUAAAUGCGCAUAUAUCAUAGGGAUAUUAUAAAUAUCACACAUGAAACUUCUGUGAUGACAGAUUAUGUGGCUUUGGAUCAUAAAUGUAUCUUCUCCAUUUAUCUUCCCCAUAACAACAUUUGUGAAUAUGUAAUUUCCAGUGUUUGUGAGUAAGUUCACACUAAGAACCACAAUCGUGUUUUAGUAAAGUAAAAAAAAAAGAAUCUGUCAUGAUCAAAAUUCCUACUGCUAGGGUUCAAACAGAUUUUUCUGCGUUAUUUUAUAAGAUUUCAGUAAGAUCAUUAUUCCUAAUGAAUAUGCUUAUAUUUUUUAUGUGAGCAAAUACCUUCUGUCCUCCAGAAUGAACAAGUGCACUGUCACACUGAUUGCUAAUUGUUAUGAAUGUGUGUACAUUUUAGUACAUCCUUUUUUGUAUGUUCUAUAAAAGAAUUCAUUUUUACUGAUAUAUGUCUGUAUUGUGAUAAUUCAAUUUAAAAUGUAUUUAAA